AUGUCGGGUACUCAGCAGGAAGCCUUAUCUGUCAUUGACUCUUUUGUGAAUAAUUGGCCAAAAGAGAUCGAAACAUACGAGAAGCUUGCGAAACAAGCUGAAGCAAUCUGCACACAGAAGCUCGAGAUAGCUCAGAUACGCCACGGGAUCAGGAGCCGCCCAAAGGCCCAGAAAAGCCUCAAAGACUCGAUCAUAAGAAGACAGGAGCGAAGAAAGGCACCUUACGAGGAUACAGACAAGAUUAAGCAUGACUUGAUCGAUCUGGCUGGAGUUCGGAUCGCCAUUACCUUCCCGAAUGAUGUGGAUCAAGUGCGCGAAAUGAUUGAGACAACCUUCGAUCCAUUUCUCAACCCAUGGGAUUGGAAGCCCCCCCUCGAAAACCCAUUGAAUGACAAACUCAGCGACCUUGAAAGCAGUAUUAUCAAUCGGACAGGCAUCAAGAGAGAGGCCAAGAGGGUGGUCGGAGAGGGUGGUUGGCCGCUAGGCUUAAAAUCAAUCCACUUCCGCUGCAAGCUGAAAACGGACGAUGCACAGUACAGAGAUUACCCAGGUCUCGCUGUGGAAAUUCAAGUUGCGACCGCGUUUAUGUAUGCCUGGGAAGAUGUCUAUCACGAUAUCGUAUACAAGCCGUAUCUCGGCAAGAUCACUCCAGAGGAAGAGCGAUUCAUUGAAAUCCUAAAUGGACUGGCUCACACUGGAGAGCUAGCUCUCAAACAACUACGCCAAUCGCUUAGUCUAAGGGCGGAACUGGAGCAGAUGCCCUUCCCAACCUACAGCAAUUUUGUGAACUGGUUACAAGAGUCUCUACCCUGGACUGAGAAGUCCAAUCCGAAAAAAGAGCUCUGCAACUUCGACACCCUCUAUUAUCUGCUGCCGUUGCUCGAGCUCAACACGCCAGGCAAGUUGAAGCUAGUAAUUGAUUCCAAUCAAAGCGAAAUCAUGAGUUCAGGAGACGCCCUCUACGCCUUGUUACCCCCACCUAAAGUUCGAGGGGAUGCGAAUUCAUUGGUGUCCUUGACAGAACGUCAACAGAACUUACUCCUGGCUUUAAUGCACAAGAACACCCGGUAUCUCGCCCAAAUAUCCGGAACUUUUGAUCCAAUAAACGAGGUCGCAGUGAACCAGAACAGCGUCGAGGGCGCCUUCGGCUUGUACGUUUCUGACGAUGGAACUUCUACUGAGCUCUUUGAGAGUUGGCAGGAGACAUUGGAGCGCUUUGUAGAACCAUCGUACUUGUCAAAGUACAUACGGCAUUACAAAAUGGCCUUCGAACUUGCUUGCCAGGGUGUGAUGUACCAUGGGAGUUACGGCACGUGGGAACGCGACCACCUGUUCGAAUAUAAUCCAGAGUUGGGGGCCAUGGUAGACAUAUUGUCUUGCGGAUGCAAGAAGAUCUUUGGGUUGGUGGAGCCGGAGUCUCAAAACCAUGCAUGGCAUAAGUUUGACUGGGACAGAGUGUGGCAAGAGGAUGAAAAAGCUCCUCUAUUUGAUUAUGGUUCCUUAAUAAAGGACGGGACUGUCAUUCUACUGCUCGGUCUCCUCGGAAACACUUUAAAGGAUUGGUCUACGAAAGGUAGACCCGAUCUGCCAAGGCGGUAGGCUCUGGUAAUACUUAAUGCUUAUGGCCAACUGUCGUUAUCUUAGGUCCCCUUGGAGUAUAGUUUCGUCGGAACUAUUCAAAUGAGAAUAAGCAUCACCU